GCUGCAGAGCCUCAACCUGAGCGGCAACCGCAUGGACUCCUUCCCCGCAGAGCUCUUCCUCCCCGGCGCGCUGCCCCUGCUCAGCGAGCUGGCGGCCGCCGACAACUGCCUGCGAGAGCUCAGCGGCGACAUCGCCCACUUGGCCUCGCUCAAGACGCUGGACCUGUCCAACAACCAGCUGAGCGAGGUCCCCGCGGCGCUGGCCGACUGCCCCAAGCUCAAGGAGAUCAACCUCCGCGGGAACAAGCUCAAGGACAAGCGCCUGGAGAAGAUGGUCAGCGGCUGCCAGACCAAGUCCAUCCUGGAGUACCUGCGCGUCGGGGGCCGAGGGGGCGGGCGCGGCCGGGGCCGGGCCGACGCCGAGAAGGACGACAGCCGCCGGAGGAGGAGGGAGCGGAGGAGGAGGGAGGGCGGCGAGGGCGAGGGCGAGGGCGACGCGGUGGACGGCGCUGGCCGGCUGCUGCUCCGCGUCCUGCACGUGUCCGAGAACCCCGCCCCGCUGACCGUCACGGCGAGCCCCGAGGUCAAGGACGUCCGGCCGUUCUUCGUGGGAGCCGUCGUGAGGGGCAUGGACCUGCAGGCCGGGAAUGCGCUCAGGCGCUUCCUCACCUCUCAGACGAAGCUCCACGAGGACCUCUGUGAGAAGAGAACCGUGGCCACCAUCGCGACCCACGACCGCGCGGCCAUCCGGGGGCCUCUGCUGUACACCGGCCGCCCGCCGCAGGACCUCAAGCUCGUCCCCCUGGGGCGCAGGGAGGUCAAAGCCAAGGACCUGGUGCGGCAGCUGCAGCUGGAGGCCGAGGAGCACCGGAAGCAGAGGAAGCGGCAGACCGUCUCCGGCCUGCACAGGUACCUUCACUUACUGGACGGUAAAGAGCGGUACCCCUGCCUCGUGGACGCAGACGGCGACGUCAUUUCUUUCCCACCGAUAACCAACAGCGAGAAGACGAAGAUUAAGAAAACCACUUCUGACCUGUUUUUGGAAGUGACGAGUGCAACGAGUCUGCAGAUCUGCAAAGAUGCCAUGGAUGCCCUCAUUCUGAAAAUGGCAGAAAUCAACAAGUACACACUAGAAAACAGAGAGGAGGGCUCGCUCUCAGAUGCGGAAGCCGAGGCCCCCUCCGGACAGCUGUCCGAUCCCAGUGCCGAGAAGGGCGGGGACUGCCAGCUGGUGGUGGAGCAGGUCCGGGUGGUGGACGAGGAGGGGCACCUGAAGGUCGUGUACCCGUCCAAGACGGACCUGGACUUCGCCGCUGCCCACGUGGCCGUGGCCCGCUGAGCAGCCAGCCGCAGCCAGAGCCGGCCACAGACGUCCGUUCGCUCGGCCUCUCCUGCAGGGCUCGUGUGGGGUGUUAAAUUAUUCAUUGCGUUUUUACCUCGGCAUUUUCUAAGAUACCUGCAUUCUUUGGUCAGUCUCCAAAAGGUUCUGUCGUGGGGUGUGCCACUUUGUCAUGUGCUUAAAUUGUCCUGUCUCUGCGGUUUUUACUAAGGCUUUUUACGAAGUUGUCCAAAUGGCGGAUUAGCUGUCCGGGUGUUCUGGAGUCACGUAGACACAGCCAGGAGCUGCGUCUGCAGAAGGCGACACUGGCUGGUCGAAUGCUCGGUUCCAGGCCGAGAUGCCAGCAGCAGGCAUUCGUGGAAGGUGGCAUCUUUUACGGUCACACCAUGCCAGAGGGCAGCUUAGGCGUGUGCGGUGAAUCAGAGUCCUAUUAAAAACCAGUUUUCAGUAAAUUUCCUAACGUUGCUGUGGGAUGCUGAGGGGGCGGAGGCGCACAGAGCCUUCUAGCAGCCCUGUCUGUCCGGCCCGGCUGGGCGGUGAGCGGUGGGCUUUCGGAAUUGCGUGAGCGAGCACCGUGGGGAUGAACAGCUGGGGGCUGGGGCGGUGUGCGGGCGCCACCUGCACGUCGACAGCCAUCGGCAGCCAAAGUGGGGACGGUGGCGGGGAGCGUAGGAGGCCUGAGGCGGAGCCCAGCACCCUAAGGCGUGUGCGGGACGAACGUGCCUGCCGCGCUGUCCGCUGUGCACAGGGGUCUCCGCUGUGAGUGGCUCGGGCCGUCUGCCGUGUGCACGUGUUCGCUGCGUGUGGGCACACGUGGGCGCCCCAGCCUGCAGCCAGCUGCGGUGUUGGUGCUCCUUACUGACCUCACUGCUUUCCGGUCGGACUGGAGGACGACAAACCGACUCCACCGUUCGUUCUGUGGUCUCUGAUCUGUCUGUAAAAGACACUUGUGUGUUUUGCCUUUUUGGGGGAGUGUUUCUUAGGGCCCCACUGAACCCAUGCGUUUAGCCUCCAGAAGCAGACAUGCGCGAGCUAAGACCCACCCCUCAUCGGUGGCACGCGACUCCCCAGAGCUCAGCCAGCCUGCUCAGGAGGCCGUGACAGGCUGCCCUGGACCCACCUGGCUCUCCGGUCGCUACCAAGCCGUCCCGUUGUCCCUGGGCUGAAGCGGGCAUGCCCGAUGAAUCUUUCCUUCCGCUCUGUUCCCCCCAAAACUUACCUACUGUCUGUGUGGGUGUCCCUGCUGAUUUCAUGUCCCUUGGGCCAUCAAGGCUGCUGGCGCUGUGGCCGGUGUGGGGUCUAGGAGCCCCAGGCCCCAGGGAGCCAGGGCCGAGCUGCCCUCUGGGCUCCUGGGGCUUGGUUCAGUAGCUACGUCGUCACAUGCGCAGUCUCCGUGACGAAGCCACCAGCACAUGCUGCACUCAUUUCUGAUGCAGCUUGACCACGUGAGAGUAGAGCCGUGUGUCACGUACGGCAAAGCCUCUGACGUUCUCUGCCAAUCCGACCCUCCAAUAAAAACAUUUUAGGAAGA